ACUAUAAUAUUAAAAUGACUUCCUACAAAUGGCUGGACUUGGGUAUACAUCAUGUAUCAGAGUCUGUGUUCAUGAAACUGUGUCGCAAAGUGGGGUCCUCACAGCAGGUGAUCAUGAGGAGAGAACUGAUGGACUUCAGGGAAAUAAUGACAAACCAAGCGGUACCGAUAAGAGGAAAAGACAGGAUAAUGACUAGUGGGAGUAGUAGGGAAGGAUUCAGGCUUAAGGGAUCAGAUGUGGACUUUAUGUUUUGGCCAAAUGACCACACGGUAAUAUGGGACUUAGAUCAGGCUCAGAAUUACGACUUAAGUAGAAAAACACUUAUUCUCUGUGAUUGUUCUGAUAGCCCACCAGGAUUUGCUUUACUUGAAUUACUGACACCAACACAAAGGAAAUUUUUAGAGAAUGCAUGUAUGAAAAUAAAUGGCAGACUUUAUAUAUCCAGUUCCAAGUACAGACAGAUCUUAUGUUCAGAAAGUUUGCCUAAUUGUGUGGAACAUGGUCCGUGUUGUAAAAGUGUUUUAGGGGGAGACGAAAAUGACACAGCCCACUGUCUUGUCUGUGAUUUUUGGCCCCCUACUGCAUCCAAAUGGAUAGACAGAUGUCAAUCAUGGCCUCAAACUCAUAUUGUUGAUGACAUUGUCAGAAAUGGAUGCCACUUUGUAGCUAUAGGACACAAACUAGGAAAACAUGCAGACAAGGAAUGGAGAAUUUCCUUCUCUUCGGCAGAACAAAAACUUGUCUACUCAAUGAACCAUUGCCAAUUCUUAACCUACGGGCUGCUUAAAUUGUUCUUGAAAGAAUCUAUUAAUAAUGGAUUAAGUGAUGAGGAUAAAUUACUGUGUUCCUAUCACAUGAAAACAGCAGUUUUCUGGGCAAUUCAACAAAACACAAUACCUCACUGGCAUCCACAAAAUCUCCUGGAGGGUUUCUGGGUCUGUUUUAAACUUAUCCUUAAAUGGGUGUAUGAGGGGGUGUGUCCAAACUUCUUCAUUACCGAAAACAAUAUGUUUCUGAGUAAUAUCCAUGGUGAAGCACAAAAGAAUUUAUUCAUUAAGCUUCAUGAAUUGUAUGAGAGGGGUAUAGCAUCGCUGCUUCAUAGUCCAUCUAUCAGGUCUAGCAUUACAAGUGUCCUUCAAAAUCCCAGACAAUCUUUUGGUACAGAUGAACACUUUCUGAUCCCCAAGGCUUUGUUUGAAAAAGAACUAUAUUUCGAAGUGUAUAGCAAUAAUCUACCAACACCAAAUCUACAUCAAUGUAUGAGGUUCGUCAGUACUGUAGAAAAGUUGAUAAUUCUACCCCUGACUCAGUACCAGGUUCUCAUGUUGCAGAAGCUUACAGCCACUAUACUCCGGAACACUGCUUUUAUGUUAUACAACUUUUCAACCGUUUUUGCACCACUCAAGAUACAAACUAGCUCAAUUGUAAACAAAAAGGUGUAUAUGGCUAACAAAACAUCCAUGUUUAUGCUCAAAUUAGCAGCCAAGUUUGGAUGUAUUUCUGAUAUGUUAUUUAUUGCAAUGUUUUACUACAAGACACUUAGAUACAAGGAAGCUAUAUCAGUUAUAGAAAUGACAAAGGUCAAGUUAGCACAGCCAUACGUAAUGUUUGUCUUACAAGUGAAUGUAGUGAGGUACAUCUUUAGCGAGUCCAUAUGGGGACAGUCCUGGUCUACAAAGAUGAGACAUGCUGUGGCAUGGGAUAUUAUUCUUGAAAAUGAAAUCUGUUACAUUGAUGAAUUAAAGAUAGAACAACAGUCUGGGAUACAAUGUGGAUUCCCUGCAUUAUUUAUCCCACUCUAUGUUUUCAUACAUAUGUUAGAGAUCUUGUGUUACAGAUAUGUAGACCCACUGAGAGCACAAACACUUGUAGAGGAUCUACAGGACCUGGUCCAACAUGAUCAGGGAAUGUAUAUAGAGGUAAAUAAAAGAGACAUAUCCUGGGAGAUUCUAGGGAUCUGUCAACAGGUUACAGGGAACCAUCAAGCUGCUCUAUACUCCUACCAACAAUCUCUCAAACAAAAUAUAUUUCACUAUAUUCGAACCGCUACAGUCAUGAGGAUACAGGAAGUCAUGGAACUUAUAUGCAGGGACCAUUACCGAAAUAAUAUGUAA